AUGGAUGUAGAUCUCGAGAAAUCGUUUGAUACGGCUGUAGAAAAUGCUAGACGCACUAUACGAAAGCUCAUGACAUUGCAACUUGGUCACUUUGAUUCAGACGUUUAUAACAAUCAACAAAUUGAAGAAGAGUUAGUAUCUGCAUCUACAGCUGUGCAGAAUGUAUCAAAUGUUAUGGCUAAUGCCCGUGUAGACUCUAGGAUAUCGAAGCCGAUCGUGGACAAGUGGCAAUCCAUCCUCGACGAGUUGGAAUCUAAGCUGAGGGGAGCAAUUAAUAGGCACACAUAUAAAAGUGCAAGGGAGGCUAUUUCUUCUACCAAUUCAUACUCUAAUCAGACAGGAUCCCAAUCUACAUUGCAAGCAACUGCAAAUGCCAUACAGGAGGCAGAAUUGGCUGAACUUGGAAUUUCAAUUGAAGGAAUAAAAUCACUCGCGUCCGCGGUAAACAAGGAGGUCUAUAGCCAAAAGGAUAUGUUGGCCAAUUUGGAUGAGAAAUUGAAUGUGAAUAGUUCAUUUUUAGAUUCUUUGGUUGAUCGCAUGGCUGGGUUUUUACGUACCAAGGAUCCAUCGCUUCUAAGACUUGUAUUCUAUCUUACCUGUCUUAGCUCAUUUCUAAUAUUCGUGUUGCUAAUCAUUUGA